AUGGAAAACCACACCACAGUCACGGAAUUCCUCCUGCUGGGAAUCCCGCACACGGCCGGGCUGGAAAAUGUCCUCUUUGUGGUCUUCCUGGCUCUGUAUGCAUUGACUCUCCUCGGGAACCUGCUCAUUCUGCUGGCCAUCCUGAGCUCCUCCAGCCUCCACACCCCCAUGUACUUCUUCCUGGGAAAUCUAUCCGUGUUUGACAUAUUUUUCCCUUCUGUGAGCUCCCCCAAAAUGAUGCUCUACCUGAUGAGCCACGAUCACCGCAUCUCUUACCAGGGCUGUGCCACCCAGCUCUUCUUCUACCACUUCCUGGGCUGCACCGAGUGCCUGUUGUACACAGUGAUGGCCUAUGACCGCUUCGCGGCCAUCUGCCACCCCCUGAGAUACACGACCAUCAUGAGUGGCCGGGUAUGCGCCUCACUGACGGCGGGGGCCUGGGUGGGGAGCUUCGUGCACGCAUCUGUCCUCACCUUCUUCACCUUCAGCUUGCCCUACUGUGGCCCCAACCAGGUGGCCAACUUUUUCUGUGACAUUCCUGUGGUGCUGUGUCUGGCAUGUUCGGACACCUCCCUUGCACAGACAGUGAGUCUCAUCAAUGUUGGUGUGGUUUCCCUCACAUGUUUCCUCUUGGUCCUCAUGUCUUACACUCGCAUCGUGGUGUCCAUCCUUCAAAUCCGCUCCUCGGAAGGCCGGCGCAGAGCCUUCUCCACCUGUAGCGCCCACCUGACCUCCAUCCUCUUGUUCUACGGCCCUGUGAUGCUCAUUUACCUGCAACCAGGCCCCAAUCCUCGGCUGGAAUCUGUAGUCCAGGUGUUGAAUAACAUUGUGAAUCCUUCCCUGAAUCCGUUGAUUUACUCUUUGAGGAACAAGGAGGUGAAGUUGGCUCUGAGGAAGGUGUUACCCCACGGAGUGUGGAUUAGUGGGGAGAAGGCUUCAUGUCAUGAUCCAUCUUAG